AUGGAACAGAAGAGGGAGCUUGGGGCGGAAAAAAAGGCUAAGGAGUUAGUGACCGAGCUAUUUGAGAAGGAGUUGGCUCAGUGGAGAGAGCAGCGCGACAAGGCUUCAGCAAGAAAUUAUCUUUCGAGAGCAGAGGUCGACGAACAAGUACACAGACUAGUGGAAGCAGUAAUUCAAGGCGUCGGUAUGGAAAAGCGCCGCAUGGAAGACGGGACGGAAGAACCGCACGAAAUCUGGCGCUCAAGAAUGAUUGCCCUAAGGAAGCAAAUAACCACCGUCUGGAACGAUAACGACAGAAGGAUUCUCAUGGGCGUGCCGCGGAGGUGUGAGGUGGAUGGUGAUCGGUGUGUUGUUGACUGUGAGCUUAUUGAAGAGGUGGAGGAAGAGGGAGAAUGGAGAGAGAAGGUGAGCCAUGUGUGGGAUUGGUGGGAUGGAGCACCGGAGCGGGAGGAGGAGAUGGAUUCAGCAGAGGAGGCCGUGGAGAUGUGGGAGCGCCGGAGAAGGGGAGCGAGGCUGGAGCCAGUAGGGGGCGUCAUGCAGUGGGUUGAGGUCAGGGGCUUUGCGCCCCAGGGUGGUGACAAGAGUGAUAGUAGUGACAAUGGUGUUGAGAGCUCGACGGCUUGA